CAUUUUAUACAUGUAUAAAAUCCCUCUCCUCUAUACAUGCGUACAAUUCCCCGGCGAUCCAGUCAUCUAGACAUGCACUCCAUAGGCCUCGCAGCCCUCAGUGUGGGUGGGCUAAAGAGUCAAUCUAGACUCCCUGUUGGGGAGGGAGAGAGGGGGGUCAGGAAUGCAUGUCCUUUUUCACAGUAGCCCUUGUUGUACUUAUAUGGCCAUUUCACAUAGAUGAAUUCAAACUUCAAACAUUUUUAUUAAAGGGCGUUAAAAGUGCUCGCAGCCAAGCCUGAUGACCCAGGUUUCAUCCCCAGUACCCACAUGGAAAGAACAUCCCCCAAGCUGCCCUCUGACUCCCACACGAACAUGCUCACAUAGACUUACACACAUAACACACAGUAAAAAUAAACACAGCUUGACAUUCUGUUAAAGCUGUUGGCAGUGUUGCCCAGCUGAGGUUCCAGCUAUUCGGGAGGCUGAACCCCGAGGAUCUCUUGAAUCCAGGGUUUUGAGAACAGGCUGAGCACCACUGCAAGACCCUGACUCAAACAACUCAACCAACCAAACUGAAAAAACCUCUUUAGUAAAAAAAUGCAUUCCGGGACUGGGGCUGCGGCUUAGUUGACAGCAGUAGAGUGCUUGCUUAGCACGCAAGCCGCCCUGGGCUCCGAACCGGAUGUGGUGCUUCCAGUCCGUAACAAUAAUAAUAAUUUACCACACCGCGGAGAAAGUUGGACCGGACGGACGCCGGGGAACCCGCUCCAGCGCCUCCGUACUGGUAUCCAAAGUCUCCAGGCUUCUGGAGCUCAGUGAGGGGCAGGGCCUGCUCCUGAGGAGAAACCAGCGUCUCCCCCCUUCCUAUUGGUGGAUCUCUUCCUGAGGGCGGGACCUAUCGUCACAGGCUCUUCUGAUUUGCUGUCACCUUCGACUCGUAACCGGAAGCUCCGUGGCUCAACAUGACAGCGUCCAGCGGUCCCACAGAGCCGGCUCGGGUCUGCGGCUGGCCACGUGAGUAGGACCUUACUGUAGCUCAGACUGACAUGGGACUUACUAAUUAUCACCAGCUGGUUUGAUUCUGGAGGCCAUCUUCCUGCCUAUGUAGUCCUGGCUGGUCUGGAACUUGCUAUGCCUAUAUAGAUCGUCUCACCUCAAACUCAGAGGUCUGCCAGCCGGGGUCUCCCAAGUGCUGAGAUUACAGGUGUGGUUGAAUCUACAGAGACAUGAGCUGGGUGCAGGUCAACUUGCUGGUGCGAAGCCUCUCUAGGGGCUGGGGAGGCCUCUGCAGGCCUGCCCUUUCAGGAACUCCCUUUGCUCAGGUGUCCCUCCAGGCUCUACGAGGCCUUCACUGUAGUGCAGCUACACACAAGGAUGAGCCGUGGUUGGUUCCUCGACCCCCGGAGCCCCAGAGGAAGCCCAUCAAGGUUCCAGCAAUGCAUGAAGACUCGUUCAAGCCAUCAGGAAACAGGGAGCGGGACAAGGCAAGCUUCCUGAACGCAGUGCGCAGCUUUGGGGCGCACAAUGUGCGCAAGCGCGGCCACGUGGACUUCAUCUACCUAGCACUGCGCAAGAUGCCAGAGUUUGGUGUGGAGCGGGACUUGUCAGUAUACAACCUGCUGCUGGAUGUUUUCCCCAAGGAGGUCUUCCGGCCCCGCAACGUUAUCCAGCGCAUCUUCGUCCACUACCCACGGCAGCAGGAAUGUGGGGUCGCAGUCCUGGAGCAGAUGGAACGACACGGGGUCAUGCCCAGCGCAGAGACAGAGUUCCUACUGAUUCAGAUAUUCGGGCGCAAAAGUUACCCCAUGCUCAAGUUCCUGCGGAUGAAGCUGUGGUUCACCCGAUUCAAGAAUAUCAACCCCUACCCAGUGCCCCGAGAUCUUCCCCAGGACCCUUUGGACCUGGCCAAGCUAGGCCUGCGACACAUGGAGCCUGACCUCAGUGCUAAGGUCACUGUCUACCAGAUGUCUUUGCCCAGUGACUCGACAGGCAUGGAAGAUCCCACACAGCCUCACAUUGUAGGAAUCCAGAGUCCAGAUCAGCAAGCUGCCCUGGCCCGCCACAACCCAUCCAGGCCUGUUUUUGUUGAGGGCCCCUUCCCUCUCUGGCUUCGUAAUAAGUGUGUCUACUAUCACAUCCUAAGAGCUGACCUGCCACCUCCUGAGGAAGAGAAAGUAGAGGAGAUCCCAGAAGAAUGGGAGCUGUACUACCCACAGAAGCUGGACCUGGAAUAUUCAAGGAGUGGUUGGGACGACUAUGAGUUUGACGUGGAUGAAGUGACAGAAGGCCCUGUCUUCGCCAUGUGCAUGGCUGGUGCCCAUGAUCAGGCAACAUUGAUCAAGUGGAUCCAAGGCUUGCAGGAGACCAACCCAACCCUGGCACAGAUCCCAGUGGUAUUCCGCCUGGCCAGGUCCACGGGGGAGCUCCUGACAACUUCAAGGCUGGAGGGACAGUCCCCUCCCCACAGUCCUCCCAAGGGGCCUGAGGAAGAUGAUGAGACCAUUCAGGCAGAGCAGCAGCAGGGGCAAAGUUGAGUCAGAUAGAGCUGGCAUGAGGAGAAAAGACUGGGCUGGUAUGAAAUAAUAUGGAGAAAAUAAAAAAAUCAAAACCUCU